CAAGCAAGGUAGCAAUACCCUAACAAAAAGACAAGGCAGGAAAAAAGGUACUAAAGGGAAGGGGAAAUAAACUUCUCGUGUGAUUAGCUCUACUGUUUUAACACUGGGCAUAAAGAAGAAGAAGAAGCGUCCGACCUCAACUCUUGCCAGGUGACAUAGGAAGCGGUUUCUUAUGGAUUUUUCCUCCUUCACAUCAUCUCUUUUUCCUUUUUUUCGGUUUCUCCGCACUAUAAAUUCAUUAUCACUGAUUCAUUAGGGUUUCAGUUUCAACACCACCGAUUCCGCAAUGGCAACGGCGGCCUCUAAGGCAGCCGACUCCUACAUUGGGAGUCUCAUUUGCUUGAUUACAAAGUCUGAUAUUCGAUAUGAAGGAUUUCUAUUCCAUCUAGAUGCUCCUGAAUCCACCAUCGGUCUUCGUAACGUGAAAUCUUAUGGGUCAGAAGGACGAAAGAAGGAUGGACCUCAGAUAUCUCCCAGCGACAAAAUUUACGAGUACAUUUUCUUCCGUGGCAGUGACAUAAAGGAUCUGCAGGUUAUAUCUUCACCAUCCCCUCAAAGUACAUCAGUUGUUCCUGAUGAUCCUGCCAUAAUACAGACACAUUUUCCUAAUCCAACACCACCAACCAUUGGCAUGACAUCUCCUGGUGCUGCACAAGUAGCAGAUUUUAGUACCAGUGCACCGUCCAUGCUCCCUGUUGCACCUUUCUUAUUGAAUCUGCCCCCCAAUCCAUUGCUACCAAGUCCUAGACUUUGGGGCUCAUCACUUCCUCCUCCACCUGUAAAUAUUAGUGGGCCUACUGUGCCUAAUUAUUGGCCAGGAUUAGUUGGGUCCUCAGGGGGAGUUUCUCAUUUUCAACAGCAACGUUUUCCUCCGCCACCACAGAGUUUGGUUGCAUCCCUUCCCAUUCAGCAGCAAGCGCAACACCAAAAUGUGAAUGCAUUAGCCAGAGGAUCUAGUUUGGCUGCACAACAUCACCCAUUGCUGCUGCCUAUUAGUACUACUUCCUCAAAUUUACUUCCCGCCGUGCCGUCUCCAUCUGGGCAAUCCAAUCCUGGGCAGCCUGCUAAACCGGCUUUUAAUUUGUCAUCUAUUCCAAUGCCAAAUGAUGCAUUCCGUGCUCUUUCAACUGUAGCAGUGGAUUCUUGCCCAAGAACAGUAUCUUCUCUGGAAGCAGAACUUAAUGCCAAUGCUAUUCUGGCUCCAGUGCGGAAAGAACCAAGGUCCGUCAUUAGCACUUCAGAUUCUUUCCCAACAUUUGCUCAAACUGUGUCAUCUAUUGUAGACACAAAAGGUGCAUCUCUCAGCAAUCUGUCAAGACCAUCCCUCUUGACACCAGAGGUACAGUCAGGAGUGAAGGAUUCCUCAUCAUCUCAGUUAAUGCGAAAUCCAAACUUUGAUGUACACACUGUUCAAGCAUCAGUAUCAGAACCUCUGCCAUCAGGGAGUACUGAAGAAACCCCGGAGUCAUUAUCAAAAUUGCCAACUAAAACAUUACGUGGAUCUACAUCAUCUCAUCACAAUAUAAGUCACUUUGCUCGGGGAAGAGAUGGGGCACAUCAAGACACAUCAUCCACUUAUCACAAUAGGAGAGGCCACACACACAGAGGAAAUGCGCCAAAUGGAGGUGCUGUUUAUGCACAACAAAGUUACAGGAAACAUGCAUCAGGAAGAGGAAAUGGGCUUAUUGGAGCUGCUCUACAUUCUCGUCAGAGUAAUAUGGGCAUGGGCAGAGGAAAAGUGCCAAAUGGUGUUCCUCAACACAAACCUCGCAAUACAGGAAGUCAAUUUCGGGAUGGUGUUCCUCAACACAAUCUUCGCAACACAGGAAGUCAAUUUCGGGGACGUGGAGCUAAGAAUCCCCAUGUGGCUAAAAGAUUCUUCGAGGAUUUUGAUUUUGAGGCGAUGAAUGAAAAAUUUAAUAAGAAAGAGGUAUGGGAUUUUCUAGGCAGAAGUAGCAAAGCUGAAUCAGAUGAAGGAAUCGGGGUUGAGAAAGAGAUGGAUGAAAGUGAUGCAGAGGAUGUAACUGGGGAUGGAAGUGCAAAACAUGACAAGCCUGUUUAUUGUAAGGAGGACUUCUUUGAUUCCCUUUCUUGUCACACACUUGAUCGUGAAUCUGGGAAAGUAAAGUUCUCUGAACAAAGGAAAAAAGACGCUGAGACAUUUGGUGAGACUCAGAAAAAUCAACGGGGUCGUGGUCAGGGAGCUCGCAUGUCAGGUGCAUCUCAACAAUCAUACCGUGGAAGAGGAUAUGACAAUGCACGUGGUGGCCGUGGCCAAGGAAGAACUGUUUGGGGUCGUGUCACUUGAAAAGAGCUAUGCGUACCUGUGAAUGGUGUUCAAGAAGUAGACAUCACCCAGCAUUAUCUAGUAUCUAGACAUAGUAAACUUCUAGUCAGGUUUAACUUGACAUUGUUGUUAGUUAUGAUAAAUAAAGGACAGAAGGGUAGAGUUUGCUGCUGAACACCGAGGGGAAGAACUAUUUAAAGAUGAGCUAUGGUAAGACUUGGAGACCGGUGAUUGUAAGAGUAUGUAGUCAGUCAGCUGAUUACCCUGAUACAUAACCAACCACCUUUGCUGUACUAGGAGUAACAAGUAGCAAGACUAGCUGCCUUGAAUAAAAUCUUUCAUGAACUUUGUGAAUAAAAGUAUUGACAUGAAACAUUUUUCAGUGUCGUGCUUUUGAUUGUGUGGUAAGCUAGAGUCAACCUGCGGUAGGAUUAUGUUUGGUACAUUUCCAGAAAAUGUGAAUACUGAAUAGUGUGUUGCGGUAGGAUUAUGUUUUGUAAUUAGUUUGGCGCAAUGGAGGGUAAAAGGCGUUGGCACUACUGCAGUUUCAUCACAGGUGGGUUGUUCUUAUGUGGGAGUGCUGGUGUAACCGAAUUCUGUACAUUGGACUGUUGGACCAAAGGAAUCAAGGUGUAUAAUAGUUGGUGCAAA